AUGGAGUUCUUUGUUACGGACCCACUUUGCCCGACCCUCACGAAAGACGAUGAGGGCCAACCGAUUCCUGAGGAGAGAGUUACAGAACCAGAUCACGUGAGCAGCCACCCGUGCUCACUGAUCAAGGGUAAGCGGUCAAGCGGUAGAACGACCCAAGGCCGUUUCCGGCCUGCCGCUCGCCGUCACAACGAAUACUGCGGAAUCGGCGACUGCAACUAUGAACCUAUUGAACAACACAUCCUAGGCAUUUCUGACUUUGGUGAGGCCCGGAACGCUCCUCAGCAGACUAUUUCCACUGACAUUGCAUAG